AUGGCCGUGAUCCAGCCAGAGGGUCAAAUCACCUGGGGCGGUGCCGUGCUGCCACGGAUCGAGACCCUGGACCCACGCAUCCGCAAGGUUGCGCUGGAGCGUUACUACCUUCCAAAGCUCAUAGAGGAUGGCUAUGCGCGCGAUCCGGUGAUCGGCCGCGUGAUCGCCGCAGCCGAAGGCAGGUCAUCCGGGUCAUCGUUCCGCCCACGGGUGCAGCGACGCACCAGGCGGGUGGAACGAGGUGGUGAGCGCGUGCCCAAGCGAAAGAUGCAGGGCCGAGCAACGGAUUUGGUCAGCUGGAGCCUGUUCAAUCCGGUGUCCAUGGGACCUGUCGAUGGCUUCUCCUUGGAAAUGUCGGACGCGGGUGGCGUGCCGACCCUGAGCCUGUCCUUGUCCACCAAUUUGAAGAUUUCGGUGCCUGAGCUGCUUCAGACGCUGAUGUCAGUGAACGGUGGGGCCCCUGGCACCAGCCUGCGGCAGGAAACUGAGUCGCGCAGCAGCAUGGCAAACCAUGUGGCGCAAGCACGGAAGGUGGCCGAGGGUCCCAUCGCGCCCUUCAAGAACUCUCCCAGUUAUGCUGACUACGUCCAGUCGAACAACUGGCAGGGCUACCAGCACGUGAACACCCUGGUGUUGAACGAUGAGAAGAUGUUGCGAAGCCUUGGUGGGGGCCAGGAACUAUCCGGCUCCGCCUGCCCCGAAAACUCCCCAGAAAGCACCUCCCGUGAAGGGCCCUCCUGGGGGGUCCGUUGCUGCGGCUUCUCCGGCUCCACCACCGGGCUUGACGAAGCAAGCCCCUGCGACGUGGAAAUCGCCACCAUCCAUAGGGCCAACGCAAUGACGCGCUAUGACGAAUCGCCCGGGCGAUCCGUUGCAGGGGGGCGAGUUGCGCGGAACUCGCCUGUGGAUGAGAAACGGCUCCGCGAGCAGUGGAGCAAAAAUCCUCCCGGGGUUAGGCAGACGAUGCCAGAACGGACCAUGCAGGCCUCCCAGCGUUCCACAUCGCUGCCAUCGCUGCGGGAGGCAGCGGCAGCUCAGCACAUGGUCUUCCAAGCUCCGGGGACACAGGUCACCCAGGUGCCUUGUGGCAGCGCUUCGCAAGGAUAUAUUGCUGGGCCCAGGGCGAAAUGGGGCCCUGUGGCCCGGAUGUUAGCCUGA